ACUGGCAUAAUGGGACAAUACCACUUGCACGGCGGAAUUCAAAUUUGCAAGUCAGUUGAAUGAUGCCUUCUUACAAGUUCGUGUAUUUCGACCUUCGGGCAAGGGGUGAACUAACUAGAUAUGUAUUUCAUGCUGCCAGUAAAGAAUUCGAAGAUUCAAGAUUCUCGUUUGAAGAGUGGAAUUCAUUGAAGCCAACGAUGCCAUUUGGUCAAGCCCCGGUACUUCUUGUGGAUGGUAAAACACUCGCACAAAGUGGCGCUAUUGCCAGAUUCUUAGCACGAGAAUUUGGACUGGCUGGAAAGAAUAGUUGGGAGCAAGGUAUGGUAGAUCAAUACAUGGAGCUUGCAACGGAAAUGAUGGACGAAAUUGUCAAAUGGUACUUUGAAAAGGAUGAAGAAAAGAAGAAGGAACGCUUGAAAAAUCUAAAUGAAGCUGUUUAUCCAAAAUACUUAGGACUGUUCCAAAAUGCUCUUGAACAGAAUGGAGGCAAUUACUUCGUAGGAACUGAACUGACAGCUGCAGAUCUCGCAGUCUUGGACAUUUUUGACACUCCGAUGUAUUAUACCCCAAAUUUCAUGGACUCGUUUCCGAAGUUGAAAGCACACAGAGAACGCAUAGCAUCCCUGGAAAACCUUGCAAACUAUAUUAAAAAAAGAAAUGUUACGGAUCUUUGAAUGUGUCAUAAUUUGUUGUUUUUACAUUCGGAAAAAUGAGCUAGAAACAAAUUUUAUAAGACAUGUCCAUUAGUCCAUGUAUUGUGCAGGUUCUUGACUUUUAUGUGUGCAUUACAUCAUGACACUUUGAUAUAUUUUAUAACAAAUAAAUUUUGAUUCUUA